UGUGGCUCUGCCUGCGAGAUCCGAGCCCUAGUCCAGGUUCUCGUCGUCUCCCGCGGCUGCAGCCUCUCAGUCAUGGGCUCCGUCUGGUCAGCCCUGCUGGUCGGAGGGGGUCUGGCAGGAGCGCUUUUCGUUUGGCUGCUGCGGGGCGACCCCGGGGACAACGGGAAGGACGGGGGCACCGAGCAGCGUAAGGACGCCGAUAUUGCGGCUCCUGGAAGCGAUCAGGGUGCUGGCAGCGGUGGAUUGAGCCCCGGACCUUACAAGCAGGAGGUGGUCAUCAAACCAGAGCAUCUUCAAGAAAGCAAUGGACAUUUGAUUUCUGAGACCAAAGGUCUUGGUAACCUACAGGAAGCAUCACAGAGACCACAGAAUCCUUCCGGAGAAUACUGGGACAGUGCAAGACAGCCUGCUCCUGCUAGACAGAUCCCAGACACACAGUCUCUAGCUACCUCUGAGAUUGCCAACUCCAGUGGUUACUCUCAAGUUUCAAGAAAUAAAAGCCUUGAAUCUCACAGAGGAGAACAGAAAUUCCAAAAAGAACAUGACACACCCACUAAAGCAGCUACAUCAUCUGCAGAGAAGUUGCCUUCUAGCAACCUGCUCAUGGACAGAGCUACAGAAGUGAGUCUUGCACAGUUGAACAGUCAGGACCUCACUGACCAUGAGGACUGGGAAAUGGUGUCUAGGCACUCAUCUUGGGGAGAUGUGGGUUUGGGUGGCAGUCUUGAGGCCUCAAUGGACAGUGGCAGAAGCACUCGUGUGGAGGCAAGAGGUUGGGAAGUGAAUGGGAAAGCAAAAAAGGUCGCAACGAUAGCUUCAGAGUCUCGGCAAGUUAACAUCAGGUUUCAGGUACAUUACAUCACGGGCACUGAUAGUCAAUUCAUCGCAAUAACUGGAGACCACGAGAAUCUUGGGAGAUGGAAUACUUACAUCCCUCUCCACUAUCACCAGGAUGGGUUUUGGUCUCAUUCUGUUUUCCUGCCAGCAGAUACAGUGGUGGAGUGGAAGUUUGUGUUGGUAGAGAAUGGGGGAGUUACUCGCUGGGAAGAAUGCAGCAAUAGACUCUUAGAGACUGGUCAUGAGGAUAAAGUGGUUCAGGGCUUGUGGGGGAUUCACUGAUUCUGCCUGCCAAAUAACAGGCUGUAGCAGAAUGUAGAAAAGGCUGAGGCUAUGGAGCACACUGAAUAAUUUAAAAUAAAGGCAGCGUGACUCCAAAUUUAGCCAUCAGAGCUGUUUUGAAUUCGCUAGUGGCUUUUGUCUGAUGUCAGAAAUAUAUAUAUGCAGAUAAUGUUUCCAGUGAGCAUGGACUUUUUUUCUCCUGUGGCUUGGGUUGACUGACCUGUGCUGAUAAAUCAUUACCUUGGGGCUCGGCCUUGGGGUGGGGGUUGACUUAGCUAAACUUCAGGUGUGGACUGUGGUCAGGAAGCACAGACACUAACCAGCUCCACUGAUUCAAGCUUGAGCUUUUACAGGCGCUCUGGAGACCAAGGCAAUAAACGAGUCUCUUUGGAAACAGCUGAAGAAACUCUCUUCACACAUUUUACAUUUAAAAUAGUUAACUCCAUAUGGAAUUGUGACCAGAAAAAUGUCUGGUCACUAUGUGUGAUUAGUAAGGAUCUGAGGUAAAGUUCUGAGACUCCCCAGGGUUUUUGUCUGAUUUUUGCCUGCCAGGUGUGGAUUUGAAGUCUUUGUCUUAAUGAUCAGAGUCUACCCUCAAGGAAGUCAGGCAUGGGAACAUCCCCAUGAGAAAGGGAAUAUAAAUGAAGUUCAGAUGCAGGCUGAGUGAGGGGGCCUGAGGUGAGGGAUACCUCCUAGAGGACCAGGAGGUCCAGGUUCAGCCUGGCUGACCCAUCACUUACUCUGGGAGCCCCUUAGGACCAUCUCCCUGCUCAGUGCUGCCCUCUCUCACCAGGUCUCAACAGAUGGACUGUCCCAUUGCAACUGUUUCCAUCCCUCGCCCCCUUCCCACUCCUUUCAUCCCAGUAGUAUCUCAGGUGACAAAUUUUACCCAGGUCAGUGAGACAAAAGUAUAUCUUUGCUCUGAAAGGAGACAUUUAAGCUUUAAGUUAUUGUAUCUGAAUAAAGAAUAAAAUUUGAGUUUUAAUAACCUU